AUGUGUAAUUGUGACUUUGUCAAUUCUAGGUUCAGUCAUCUAUUCAGUCAAGUUCAGUCAUCUGUAACAGUUGUUCAUAGUUCCCCUACUAAUUUGGUACAGCACAGUGAAAUGUUAAGUGAAGCUGUUCAUAACACAUCAACAAGUUUAUUAUACAAUCCAGGCUUGAUGAUACCUGAACUGCAUUGUGUAGAACCUCAUAAUGUUAAACAAGGAACAGGUUUAGAGAUUUCUAGCAUUAUAAUUCCUACUACUAAACGUAGAGGAAAACCUAAGGGAGCUCUGCAAACAGUCAUUGGUUUAAAAAAAAAUAGAAAAGUAUUACUUAAAAAACCUUUUAAAUUAUUGCACUACAAUGAACGCAAUAAAUUAAUAUUGUCAUGGUUUUGUACCAUUGAUGUUAUAAACCAGUCUUUAAGUUCAAAUUUAAAAAUAAAUGACACUGAUCUGAAUAAAUACAAUAGCAUACCAAAUAAUAUAAUUGAUGAAUUGGUUGAUUUGUUUCAAGUAAAACAAUUUUUUUCACCAUCUGCAUGGGCAAAAGUACAAAGAAUUGUGGCUCAGAAAAAAUCUUGUCAUUCUUCAUGGCUGUGUCCACUUUGCCAAAAAAAAUGUUCUAACAAUACUAUAAGUUGUGAUUAUUGUUUAACUUGGUAUCACACCAAGUGUGUGAAUUUAACUAUUAUAACAAAAAAAAACUGGUAUUGUCAAUAUUGUUGAAUGUUCAUUAAUUUAUGUGAUUUAUGUAUAUUUGCUGCUUUCUAAUAUCCAAUUCAGUAUUGUUUCUACUAUAAUAUGUCUGUAGUUUUUAAGUUAAAAGAAAGUGUUUUAUAAGUAUAAUUUUUGGACUGCAAUAUAAACUGAAUUUUUUUGGGAGUCGUUUUUUAUACUUUUUUAGGUCAAUAUCCUAUCUCUAAUGAUAAGGUAUUUUUGACAUUUUUAAGAUUUGUAUUAUUUUCAUCCAGUUUUUAUAUUUUCUAAAAAAAAUAUUUGCCGUUGGAUGGGUCUUCAACAUAAUUAUUGUACGAUCCCGGCAUUACCAUAAUUAUUGUACGAUCCCGGCAUUACCAUAAUUAUUGAAUCGUGUUGGAAAUAAGACAAGUCCCCGCGCAUGAGCAAUGGUAAGAAAAAUUGUCCGGGACUGAUAACAUUUUGAUAAUUAUCACGGAAUUUCCGGGACCCUAUCCA